AUGUCCAACCCCUGCGUUGCGGAUGAAUUUGCGAGCGGAGCCCGGAGGGUGGAGCUGAUCCUGUCUGACGUGGACGGCACCCUCCUGGACCACUCCCAGACCCUCACCCCGGGGGUCAAGGCAGCCGUGGAGGCGGCCUCGGCAGCUGGUGUCCCUCUCAUCCUGGCAACCGGCAAGGCUUUGGGCCCCUGGGUGGGCCCGGUUCUGGAGGCCCUGCCCCUCCCCCUGCCGCGCAUCCACAUGCAGGGGUUGCACAUAGUGGACCCGAAGGAGGGCGUGAUCUUCGAUCGCACCCUGGACGAAGCCAUCUUUCACGACACGCUGGCCUUCUGCAGGGAGCAUGGCAUCACGCUGACUGGGUACCGCCCGAACAAUGUGUACUGCGAGGAGACCAAUGAACACACGGACCGGCUCAUAUUCUACGGCGAGCCCACGCCGGAGGCCAUAGGUGCCUGGAAUGAGGAGCUGGGGUACUCCUUCAACAAGCUGCUGGUCAUGAGCGACCACCCCUCCAUGCUGCGCCUGCGCCCCCUGCUGGAGGCCCGCCUGACAGGCCGGGCGGCGCUGACCAGCGCCCUGCCCGGCAUGGUGGAGAUCCUUCCCCCCGGCGCGUCCAAGGGCGCGGGCGUGGCCUGGCUGCUGCAGCGGCUGGGCGUCGACCCCGGCGCCUGCAUGGCGAUGGGCGAUGGCGAGAACGACGUGGAGAUGCUGCGCCUGGUGGGUCUGGGAGUGGCCAUGGGCAACGCGGUGGAGGCGGCGAGCGCUGCGGCGGACGCCCACACGGCGCCCAACGACGAGGACGGCGUGGCGCGGGCCAUCGAGAAGUACGUCCUGGCGCCCAGGGGGUUGAUGGCAUGA